UCAAUCAGUUUUAUUUGCAAAAUUCAUGUUAACACUUGUUGUGUGUCUUGUGGACGAUCGUCGUCAUUGUUAUUAUUAUAUGUACCCUAUGUACCGUUAAACAGCAUUAAGCAAUGACAUUCAUUACAUUUUUUAUGGGUGUUAAUUAAACUAAAUAUCUGUAUAAGUAUGUUUCGUUUAGAUACUUGCAAGAUGACUUCGAAAUCAUUUAACAUUACUUAUAUCGUUAUAUUUGUAUAUCUACAUGUUUUAUUGGGAACUUUUACAAAUGGUUACAAGGUUGGGUUAGGUCGAGCUGAUAUUACAGGACCACCGGUGGAAAUAAAUUUUAUGGGCUAUGGUAAUUUUAAACAAGCGGGCCAUGGAAUACAUACUAGACAGUACGCACGUGCCUUUGUGACAGAAGAUGAUAGAAAUAAUAGGGUGGCUUUUGUAUCGGUAGAUGCCGGCAUGAUGGGCUAUGGUGUGAAACGUGAGGUUAUUAAACGUUUAGAAGCACGUUACGGUAUUGAUGUUUAUACGAAUGAUAAUUUAGUUAUCAGCGGAACUCAUACACAUUCAGGUCCCGGCGGAUUUCUCAUGCAUUUGCUCUAUGACGUAUCAAUUUUAGGCUUUGUUCCGCAAACAUUUGAGGCCAUGGCACAUGGAAUUUACUUGAGCGUUAAGAGAGCUACUGAUAACUUGGUGGAGGGUAAAAUUUUCUUGGCUCAUACUCUUAUAUUGAAUGCAAAUAUAAAUCGUUCUCCAACUUCCUAUUUACGUAAUCCUAUUGAAGAACGAGCUCAGUAUGAACACGAUGUUGACAAAACGUUAAUGCAAUUACGUUUUGUGGAUAUGGAAGAAAAUAUUUUGGGUGUUUUCAAUUGGUAUGCGGUGCACGCGACGUCUAUGAAUAAUACCAACACUUUAGUGUCAAGCGAUAAUGUGGGCUACGCGUCUCUUUUGCUGGAAAGAGAAUUCAAUACGAACAAAGUGCCGGGCAAGGGUAAAUUUGUAGGAGCGUUUUGUUCCUCGAAUCUGGGUGAUGUUUCACCAAAUAUUAUGGGACCAAAGUGUUCGCGCUCUGGUAAUCCUUGUGAUUUGUUAACUUCAAAGUGCCCUCCAAAGGAAGGAGAAUGCUUUGCUUCUGGCCCGGGUCAAGAUAUGUUUGAAAGUACACAAAUUAUCGGGCAACGUUUAGCGGAAGGAGCAUUGCGACUUCUCAACUCUGCCGAUGAAGAGGACAAUGGCAGCCGAGAAGUAACUGGCGAUAUUAGCUUCAUACAUCAGUUCGUGGAUAUGCCCAGUUAUAAUGGGACCGCUUAUAAUCCCUCGCAACGUAAAAUCGAUAAAAUUCGAGGUUGUCAACCGGCUAUGGGUUAUAGUUUUGCAGCUGGUACCACUGACGGUCCUGGAGCAUUUAAUUUCGCUCAAGGUACCGUGACGGAGAAUCCCAUGUGGAAUUUAGUACGCGAUUUUAUAGUACCACCGACACAAGACGACAUAACAUGUCAUUCUCCAAAACCUAUACUUCUAGCCACCGGCAGAGCCACAUUCCCUUACGAAUGGCAACCAAAAAUUAUCGCAGCACAAAUUAUUAAAAUUGGUGAUGUGGUUAUCACUGCUGUCCCAGGUGAAUUCACUACCAUGGCGGGCCGUCGAUUGCGUAAUAAAGUUGCUGCGGUUGCCUCUGCUAUUGACGGCAAAGAUGUUGAUGUCAUUAUAGCCGGUUUAUCUAAUAUAUAUACAAGUUAUAUUGUAACUCCAGAAGAAUAUCAGGCACAACGUUAUGAAGCAGCUUCCACCAUAUAUGGACCCAAUACCUUACCCAUUUAUAUGGAUAUAUACGAACGUUUAACUAAAGCUUUAUUAAGAGGCGAAAUAGUUGAGUCCGGACCUUUGCCACCCUAUAUGAAUGAUCGUAUGCUAUCUAUGAAUACGGGGGUAAUAUUCGAUGGGCAUCCAAUCGAUAAAGAUUUCGGUUAUGUUAAACAACAGCCACACAGAGAAUACGAAAUCAACGAUACGGUAAAAGUGACAUUUGUUGCUGGCAAUCCUCGCAAUAACUUGUUUCAUGGAAAAACUUACCUAACUAUCGAACGUAAAAUUCAUGAGGAAAGAUGGAAGAUUGUGCAUACGGACGCCAGUUGGGAUACAAAAUUCAUUUGGGAACGCACUCAUUCGAUAUUUGGCUUUAGCGAUGCCCACAUACAUUGGACGAUUGGUGCUAAUACUCUACCUGGUCAGUAUCGCAUACGACAUUUUGGCAAUUAUAAAUACAUUUUGGGUGGAAUUUUUCCAUACGAAGGACAAACACAAACGUUUACGAUAAUCGACGAAUAAGCAAUUUAAUAAAAUUGAAAGGAUGUUUUUGGACUAGUCACAGACUGUAUGCUUUCAGGGUGUUUAUAGAAUAAAGUGCAAUCCUAUGUAUUGUAAGUAACUCAGAGAAAGGAGUUUUUAUUAAUUAAUAUUCUUUAAAAGAUGUUAUUCAUUUUGUAUAUACGUUUUAAUCUCUUGCAUUAUUUAUAAUAUAUGAAAUUUAAGCGAUAGGAACAAAUAUAAUUGGUAUUUAAAUAAAUUACUUAUUUUUAACAUGACGGUUAUAUCAUACUUUAAUUAACUUUUAUAUUAGCGAAAAUUCAAUAUAAAAAAAAAUAUCGUUAUUAAGGCGUAAA